AUGCCUCCAAAAUCGGCUUCACACGACUUCAAGGACAAGCAAAAAGUGUUUGCCAAAAUGUCUGGAUAUCCCUGGUGGCCAGCAUUUAUCACGCCAACUGAAUAUGUUCCAAAACACGUCCAAAAGGCAAAAAAGAAAGGCACACCCUAUUGUGUAAUAUUCAUACCCGAUGGUGACUUUCACUGGUCUUCUGAGAAGGGGUUGAAGGAGUUCAAGCCGGGGAAUAACGCCAAGGAGUUGACUAAACUAGAUUCAAAGACAAUUGCCAGGAUGAAGGAUGUGAAAUUUUUAAGAAGAAGGUUGUCGAGGUCACCUAAAAAGCCAGCAACUUUUCCCGAAGCCAUAGCUGCAUCAGAUGAUUUGGCUUUUGAUGAUUUCAUAACUAUUUUCCAGGAAGACGGAGACGAAGAUGAUGAUGAGGAGGAGGAUGAUGAGGAGGAUAAAGCUAAGGAGGAUAAAGCUAAGGAGCACACCAAGGAAGAGGAGGAACAGGAUGAAGGGCCUGAAGAGUUUGAAGAAUCUGAACAGCCUGCGAAGAAAUCGGCACCCCUCAAGAGCCGAAAUAGAGCUGAAUCUCGAAGAAGGAGAUCUAGUCGUACACAAGAAGUUGAGGAUGAGGGAGAGGAUGGCGAUGUUGAAGAUCAAUACCAAGAGGAAAUACCAAAGAACAAGAGGAAGCGUGGCUCGGUAUCACAGGCUAAUAAUAUAUCGACCAAUGGCAAAAAGAGGAAACUGACUGACGCUGCUGUCAAAGCUGAGCCUGAUGCAGAGUCAAACAAGAAACCCAAAUUGGAAAAUUCUAGUGAUGAAGAUACUGCUAAUGCUGCAGGUGCAGCCGCAGCGUCAAUAAAGUCAAGUAAAGUUCCAGUUAGUGAUGAAGAGAAGCAGCACCAAUUAUACUUGUGUCGAAUCAAAUUACAAAGGACAUUGAUUCAACGAGAUCUAGAUAAAUCCCCACCAACAGCAAACGAACUACUGGUUGUCCGUUUAAUCUUGUAUCGAUUAGUGAACUUCCCUGUUGAUAAGGAGCUUUUGAAAAAGACCAAAUUAUACAAAGUUAUGAGAUGUAUUAUCAAGAAUCCCGAUUUGGAAUAUUCCGAAAGUUUUAAAUUACAUGAACUUUGUCGCGAAAUAUUGACGAAAUGGGAUCCGUACAUUCAACAAAUCUUGUACGAAAAGGACAAGUUAAAUAACGAUAAGAAUGCCAAUCCAAAUUCAAGAUUGUUAUCGGUGAAGAACGGCGGGUCAGGAUUUAACGAUGACUCCGAAGUUAGUGGAAUUGAACAAAGUUUACCGGAGAUCGAGCAGUCAAAGGACGAAGAAACUGAAUCUGUAGAUAAAAAAACUGACGAGACUAUCUCAACCGAUCAAAAGGUCGAUGAAGAUGUAUCUGCAGAGAAAAAGGACAAUGCCAGUGAAUUGGCGGAGAAGGAAGGAAAUGGAAAGAGCCAAGAAGCUCAGAAGGUAGAACCUGCGAAUGGGAGUGAAUCAAAGAAGCAGGAAGCCGAGCAAGUGGAUUUGCAAAGUGAACGAAACAAGCAACUAGAUAGUGGAGCUAUAAAGACCGAAAAUACAAGCGAGGCCGGGGAGGCUAUCAAUGAAGACGAGACUAAAGAAAGUGAAAGCGCUGUUGACGGAGCCGAAACAGAGUCUAAAAGUGAAGGUAUAAUUAAGAGGGAAGUUGCCACAACGGCAAAAGACAAAAUUUCCACUGCCGCCGCCGCCGCCGCUGCCGAAUCAGUAGAUCAAGCUAGUGCUGUGGCGAGAGCAGCUGUCAACUUAUAA